UCUCGGCCGUGAUUCAUGACAAACUCCAGGUCCCCAACACCAUCCGGAAGGCGUGGAAUGACCGGGACAACCGCUGUGACAUCUGUGCCACGCACCUGAACCAGCUGAAGCAGGAGGCCAUCCACAUGGUGCUGGCCUUGGAGCAGGCAGCCGGCAGCGAGCACUACGAUGCCUCGCCGGGCUCACCCCCGCCGCUCUCCAGCAUGCCCGCCCUGGUGGGGUCCCGGCACGUGGGUGGGCUCCAGCAGCCCCGGGAUUGGGCCUUCGUGCCCGCCGCCUAUGCCAGCUCCAACUACACCGGCUUCGUCAGCAAGCACAGCAGCAAACCUAACAGCCUUGGGGUCAGCAAUGGGGCGGAAAAGAAGAGCGGGUCCCCAACCCACCAGGCCAAGGUCAGCCUCCAGAUGGCCACCAGUCCCAGCAACGGGAACAUCCUCAAUUCGGUGGCCAUCCAGGCUCACCAAUACCUGGACGGCACUUGGUCCCUGUCGAGAACCAACGGGGUCACCCUAUACCCAUACCAGAUCUCUCAGCUGAUGACCGAGAGUGGCCGGGAGGGGCUGACGGAAGCAGCGCUGAACCGCUACAACGCAGACAAGCCCUCGGCCGGCAGCGUCCCCGCCUCCCAAGGCUCCUGCGUGGCCAGCGAGGCGUCCACAGGCACCUCGGUGGCUGCGUCCUUCUUCGCACGAGCCGCCCAGAAGUUAAACCUGUCUUCUAAAAAGAAGAAGCAUCGACCUUCGACCUCCUCGGUGGCCGAGCCGCCCCUCUUCGCCACCAGCUUCAGCGGGAUCCUGCAGACGUCGCCGCCCCCGGCCCCGCCCUGCCUGCUGAGGGCCGUCAACAAGGUGAAGGACUCGCCCGGCCUGGGCAAGGCCUCAGAGGGACAGUAG